AAAAAACUGAUCUCUCGAGAAGAAUGAUUGCAAGGAUAGCCGAAGACUGGGAUAUUUUGGUAUGAGGACUGGAUGUAAUUGCUUACUGCUUAAAACUAAACUAUGAUGCAUAUAUAACAUUCAGUUCUUAGACUCGAAAAUUUUGAGUCACUGAAAGGAUGCCAACAGUUGAAGAUGGCUUAAACAGCCUCAGAAGCUCAAGAAAUCAGUUUGCUUUUUGGAUGCUUGGUUUAUGCAACAAUUUUGCAUAUGUAAUUAUGCUUAGUGCAGCAGAAGAUAUACUAUCAAUGGAGAAUGGUCCUAAAGCAUCCUCCAAAAGUAUUGAUGACCCUUGCCAGAGCUCAGUUGUUCGCCGCCAAUGUCAGCCAUUAUCCACCGGUUCAGUGUUAUUAGCAAAUAUCAUACCAAGUUUGGUUGUAAAAAUAUUCUAUCCCUUUCUUAUGUAUCGCAUCCCCUUUGGUGUGCGACAUUCGUUCACCGUUCUUCUUCAAAUAAGCAGCUUCCUGGUAGUUGCUUUUUCACGAAAUAUUCUUUCGGGUUUAAUUGGUGUUGCUUUAGCAAGUAUUGGAGCGGGUGUUGGAGAAGUUACCUUUCUUUCGCUGACUACAUAUUUCCCUAAUAAUGUGGUGGGAGCAUGGUCCUCUGGAACGGGUGGCGCUGGAAUCUUUGGUUCAUUUGCUUAUGCGAUACUAACUGAUAUGCAUAUGUUGGGAUUGACACCGCAGAAUGCGUUGUUGCUUAUGCUCAUUGUUCCAUUCACUUUUGCUUUUAUUUACUGGAAGUUGUUGCUGCUACCUGGGAACAUACAGAGAGUGUCAGUAUGUAAACCAUCAACGUAUUUGGUCACCUAUGCAACAUUAAGCAGGCGAAGAACAAGCGAUGUAAGCAUUGGUGAUGAAGCAUCACAGCUGAUCAAUAGUCGUGACGAUUCUGUUGGCGAUGUCGUUCCCACCAUUGAACAACAAACUUUCAAAGAUAAACUAAUAAUAGCCAAGCCUCUUAUUUUGAAAUAUAUGUUUCCACUUGCCUUGGUUUAUUUCGCGGAAUAUUUUAUUAAUCAAGGAUUGCUGGAGUUACUUGUAUACGACUGUGCACAUAGUUUUGAUAUCGGUCAUCAUGGACAGUAUCGUUGGUAUCAAGUACUUUACCAGUUUGGGGUAUUUGUUUCACGCUCUUCCGUUGAGUUUAUCCAGCUUGGACCAUCUUCUCUACCUCUGAUUCCUGUUCUGCAAACAAUAAAUGCUGUGGUUCUGUUUUGGGACGCUCUGAAAUCAUUCAUACCGCAUAUUAUUUUUGUAUUUAUCAUUGUUUUCUAUGAAGGAUUAUUGGGCGGAGCAGCUUACGUCAACAUUUUCCGCCUGCUACAUAAGUCGACCAGAGCAUGGGAUCACGAAAAUUGUCGAAAUACAAAAAAAGAAAAACUUCGCUCGAUAUUUUCACUUAUUUUAUAAGAUUUACGAUCAUUCGAAGCGCCUUAGUUCAACACAUUAGAUGUACGUCAAGUGCCCUCCGAAAAGAAGCUUAGGGUUCCUACCACCAGCAAACAGUUCCGUCCGAUCUGCAUAACGCUUAAUUCAACAUUCACGUUAUGUUCAAUCAUACUUCGAUACCAUCCAAUUGUUGCCAUUGCUGUUGUGAAAGUUUUUUUUUUUUUUUUGAGGCACAAUCGAAUAUUUGUGAUGAAAAUUUGUUGAUAAACGGG